UAUUCAACCACAACACAUUUCAGAGAAAUACAGUCACACAAACAAGUUUAUUCUCUUCCUCAUAAUACUUGUAGUUUUUAUAAUGGAUAGACUAAGUGAGUUGGCAAAGUCAAAGGCAGCAGUGAUAUUCACAAAGAGCUCAUGUUGUAUGUGUCAUAGUAUCAGUACACUAUUUUAUGACCUUGGUGCAAGUCCCGCGGUCUAUGAGCUAGACCAAGAGGCUAGAGGCCGAGAAAUGGAAUGGGCACUACAGAGGUUAGGCUGCAGCCCUACUGUUCCUGCAGUGUUUAUCGGUGGCAAGUUUGUGGGGUCUGCUAAGGAUGUGCUUGGAGCCCACCUUAAUGGAUCCCUUAGAGAUAUGCUUAUUGAAGCGAAAGCUAUUUGGUUCUAGUUUAGUGAUGACAUAAAUAUGGCACUAGACCAUCAUAUCAAAAGCUUAAUUUUUUUUGUGAGCUUUUUGAUGAUGAUCACACCAAUGCUGUAACUUUGUGUUCUGUUUGUCAAAUAUCCAAUUGGUUUUGGAAGGGCGUAAGCCAUUACUUCCAUAUAUUAGCAAUAUAUAUCAUCCUUGCUUAUGGGAUUAAGACUUUGAUUGAUUGAUA